GUGGGAUUGCCUACACUCAAAUAUACGUAACGAUGCCAACUCCCGAGGAUGUUCCCAUGGAUGAAAAUGACGCAGGAAGAGUAGCAGAAGGCUCCCAGGAUGAAUCUAAAACACCUUCCCGUGAAGUGCUUAAGAAACUUCUUAACGAGGUUGAGAUGGCUGAAAUGGAGGAAAAUGAAAUGUGGUACUUGAUCAGCCAAAAGUGGUGGAAUUCGUUGAUCAAAGCAGUUCGUGAUGGCUUUGUUGAUGACGUUGGGCCAAUUGACAAUUCACAGAUAUCGGAAUGCCGAAACGGAUCAUUCUUUCUGAAACAACGACUUGCCGAGCAAGUAGACUAUACUCCAGUUCCAGAGAUUCUGUUCAAACGUCUUGAAAGAUUCUAUCACAUUGAUGAUGAUCGUCGGGACUAUAUUCAGCGUCGAGUUGUCCGGAAGGAUGGAAAAUUAUGUAUUGAAGUAUAUCCGAGAAUCGUUCAUAUCACCUCCGCCAGAAAUCGUGACAUCAAAGCCGAUUUGGUUCUUCGACCGGAUGACACAAUGGUCUCUCUGCGGGAACGUGUAAUUGGGGAGCUUUCUCUUUCCACCACAGACAAUAUUCGUUUCUAUGUGAUGAACGGAGAAAAUUAUGAACUUAUCGAUACAGCACAGUCAAUUGAUAGUUAUUUUGAUACAGUUCAAAAGGUGGUAGUUGAUGUAGAAGAAGAUGGAGAAUUCUUUAUCAAGGGAAAAAGUGCAACGCCUAAAUCACUUUUUGGGACUCAAUCCUCUUCGUCAGAUUCUGAAGAUGAUGUCGAGAAUGUCGUGAGACUACCGAAACCUAACCGUCAUCGGCAAUUUUCUACAUCUACAGUUUCAUCUACCUCAUCAAAACUUCUUUUGCCAUUAUGGGCAGUAUGGCUCAGCUUCCGUGAAGCAUGGUGGGGGUUCAGUCAAUUAUGGCCCGAUACUAUUCGAGAAGCUGUCGCCUUUUUAUUUGGAUGGUGGAUUUUACGACCGCCUAGUUAUUCUUCAAGACAUGGAGGAAAUGGAAUCUCUAAUUCCUACAACUCCCCAUCUCCUUCCACUGGCGUCGUCACUCGUACAACUCCCGGAGCCUGUGGACUUUCCAAUUUAGGAAACACCUGCUUCAUGGCAUCAGCAUUUCAGUGUUUGAGCAACAUGCCCCCACUCCGGGAAUAUUUCCUAGCGAAUACAUAUCAAAACGACAUCAACGAGGAUAAUCCUUUGGGAACCCAUGGUCACUUGGCUAUGGCCGUUGGAGAACUUAUGAAAGGAAUGUGGAGUGGCGACUACGCGUCUAUAAAUCCCCGAAAGUUCAAAUCAAUUAUUGGACAAUUUGCACCACGAUUUAACGGAUACUCGCAACAAGACGCUCACGAGCUAAUGGCCUAUGUUCUCGAUGGACUACACGAGGAUCUGAAUCGUAUAAAGAAGAAACCAUACAUUGAGGAUAGUGAUGAAGAUGCGAAACUACCGGAAGCUGAAUAUGCUGCAAAGUCAUGGGAAGUGUAUAAAAUGCGAAAUGAUUCGAUAAUUGUGGACACUUUGCAUGGACAGCUCAAAUCUACACUGAUUUGUCCUGUAUGUGAAAAGAUUUCUAUCAAGUUCGAUCCAUUCGGAUACCUUUCACUUCCACUUCCUCCAAAAGAACAAAUUGUCAAACAGACAGUGAUCGUGAUGUUCUUGACCAGAAAAUGGGCCAAGUUUUCACUAGGAAUCACUGACACUACAACAGUUGAAGAAGCUGAGAGAUUGAUGUUGGAUAAGUUACAGCCUGAACAGCAACAUCAUUUCGUGUUCUUCCACGUUCCUAGCCAAUAUCAUGAUGAUAUAACGAUGAUGCGGCCUGGUGACAGAGUCCGAAUGCCUGGACGUGAAGUAUAUGUGGCUGAAGUUGAGCAUGAUCUGCAGGUUAAAGGGACCCGUCUCUUUGUUGCCUAUAAUCGUAUCAAGCUUGUCCGUUCUGCGUCUCUUCCAAUGAUCUAUUCUCUGCCAACUGGCUACCCAUUGACUCGUGGAUUCCUGAAUGACCAUGUAUUUUCUACUACAAAACAUUUCUUCAUAAAUCCAAAGGCUGUCGCUGAACUCGGAGGUGGAAAUUCCAAUGAUGACGAUUCGAUGAGCGGAAGCAACUCUGCCGAUGAACGAGAACCAUAUAAGUUGUUUGUCGGACCGCCUGGAUCAACAGCUUCUCUUCCGAUCCCACCAACGGACGAUCCAAUCCCGUUCCCUGAUGAAAAUUCUCAUGACAUUUACAGUAACUUCCUACAAAUCGUUUUCCAAUGGAAGGAUCUCAAGAUUUUCAAUCAAUACAAGGGAAAUGAGUUGAUAGAACGCGAGAUGACCGUUUCUACUCGUCGGAAAGUUCUUUUGCAAGAGACUCUGGACUGGUUCACAACGAAAGAACAACUCGGAGAACAGGAUUCGUGGUACUGUCCUCAAUGCAAGAAACACGAGCGAGCCACGAAGCAAUUAGCUCUGUGGAAGCUUCCGGAGAUUCUCAUUCUCCACUUGAAACGUUUCCAAUACACCAAGUGGUCUCGUGAGAAGCUGACAUGGGAGGUUGUGAUUCCUGUUCGUGGGUUGGAUCUUACCGACAAAGUUGCCAAUCCGAAUCACGAGAAAGCGAUCUACGACCUUAUUGCCGUAUCACGUCACUAUGGAUCCUUGAGUGGAGGUCAUUACACUGCCAUAGGCUACAACGACAGGGAACAGAAAUGGUUUGAUUUCAACGAUUCCUCAGCAAAUCCGACAUAUCCUCCAGCUGAACCCUAUGAGUCGAGCGAUCCCUACAUUCUUGUAUACCGAAGACGCAAAUUGGAUUCAAAUGGAAAACCGAUUGAGCCAUCAGCAGUAUCUGAAUCUCUUCAUAGUCGACCGAAAAGAGGAGCUGCUCCAACAAUUUCAUCUGCAACAUCAUCAGCUUCAUCGUCUCGCCAUCAAGUUGACGAAAAUAUGGAGAUGGAGGAAGAUUGAAGGCGUCCUCCGACAAAAAUGUCCAAGUUUUCGUUAUGAAAAGUAAAAUGUUUGAAAGAUGUGCUUGUGCGUAGUUUCUGGUACAAAUUUGAACAUUUUUGUCGGGUAGGAAACGAUUCUCCCAGUAACAUCGCGGCGGUGUUCUUUCCUCGCUUCGCUCCAUUUCAGUUUGAGCUUUAUCCCCCAUUUGCUCGAAUUAUUUUUCACCGCCAAUCAUUUUAUUUUGUGUGUUUUUAGUGUCUUUCUCACAUUCAUUUUUUCAUGUGUCUGAACCAUUUUCUAUGGAGUUCCAUGGUUUCCCUUUUGCCCCCCGUUUUUCAUAUGCUUAUUCGCUUCUGUGAUUUCUCACUUUUAAUUUACUCGAAUGUUUUCAUAUUCGUCCAAUCAAAUUUAUGGAGAUAUUUUCGCGUAUUAUUUGUGGUAUCUUAUUUUUUCUAUCUCUUCCUCCAAAUCUCUUCUAAAAUCUUCUAACGAUACGGUGUUUGUGUGUCUCUAUAGGUUAUUCUACUUUUAAUUCGUUUCUGAUGUCGUUUUACCCAUCCUAGCCUUUCUUUUUUUAAAAUCAUUUUCAACGAUUUAAGCCUAUGUGCUUCCCAUCUUAAUUAUUAAUCAGUAUGUUUCACACUGAACCAUUUUUCUUUUUUUCUCGAAAUCCCGUUUGAAAAUGUCAUGUUUAGUAGUUUCCUAAUUCUAUCAAUUUUAUCGGAUUAUGUGCUACGUUAAUUUUUUUUCGUGGUAUUUUUGUCUGUCUCUUCCGGUCCCUAAAUAUUUUUAAUCCUGAGUUGUUUCCGUUUUUUGGAAACCAUUUCAAAUGAUGAAUUGCUU